UCCCUAGCUCUCCUCCACCCUCCCUGGCUCUCCUCCUUUCUUCCAUCACAUCAGGGGAGGGAAGGAGGUGUGGGCCUGCAGACUCUACACAGCCAGUUCACUAUUAGAGCAUGGGCUGCUGAAGAUGGAGGGCUACAAAAGUUUCCUCUUUUUCCUUGUCUCCUCUCUGCUGCUGGGAUUUGCACUGGUCAUCUUUGUCCUGGUCUGGGUGCUGCACUACAGUGAUGGACUGGCAUGGGACGGAGACAGUGCAGAAUUUAACUGGCACCCAGUAUUGAUCAUCACUGGUUUUGUCUUUAUCGAAGGCAUUGCCAUAAUAGUUUACAGAUUGCCAUGGACCUGGAAAUGUAGCAAGCUGCUAAUGAAAUGUAUACACGCUGGGCUGCACCUGACCGCUGCUGUCCUUGUUAUAAUAGCUUUGGUGGCCGUUUUCGACUUUCACAAUGCCAAAAAGAUACCGAACAUGUACAGUCUACACAGCUGGGUUGGCUUGGUGGUUGUCGUCCUUUUUAUGCUGCAGAUUGUUGUGAGUAUUGUGGUGUUUCUAAUUCCAACCACCCCAGUCUCUGUUCGAGCGGCCCUCAUGCCAAUCCAUGUGUAUGGUGGUCUCCUGCUCUUCGGCGGAGUGAUCGGAACAUCACUUAUGGGAAUCACAGAAAAGCUGAUAUUUUCAUUGAAAAACCCACCUUACAGCAGUUUACCACCACAUGCAAUCUUCGUCAACACUCUUGGAAUUCUCAUUGUGGUUUUUGGUGGACUUAUUCUAUGGAUAGCCACUCGACCAGGCUGGAAACGGCCUUCAGAGCCUGUGGUGAAGGAGCAUUCUUCAUAUAGAGAGGCAUCGAGUCCUCCACCAGAGUACAGCAAAGCGGACAAGUCUGAUGUGGAAUUAAAUAGCGAAGCGGCCAGAAAAAGAAACCUAAACCUGGAUGAGGCUGGACAAAGGUCAACCAUGUAAGAACAGUCCAAAUGAACGGGGAACCGGCUACAAUUCUGCUUCAUGGGAAGGCCACAGUUCUGCUGAAUUAAAGCGGGAGUUCACCCGAAAAACAAUUUUUAACAUUAGGUUGAGGCUCAUUUUGUCAAGGGGAAUCGGGUG